GGUACGGUUUUCGAUGGUGUCACAGGACCGUUGGGCGGAAGCAAUGUCCGACUCCGGGUACGAUUCGCGCACGGACGGCAACGGUGCGUCCAGCUCGUGCAACAACUCGCUCAACCCGCGGACACCGCCGAACUGCGCCCGUUGCCGCAACCACGGUCUGAAGAUUGGGCUGAAGGGGCACAAGCGCUACUGCAAGUAUCGCACCUGCCACUGCGAGAAGUGCUGCCUGACCGCCGAGCGACAGCGUGUGAUGGCGUUGCAGACCGCACUGCGACGUGCCCAGACGCAGGACGAGCAGCGGGCGUUGAACGAGGGCGAGGUACCACCCGAGCCGGUAGCUAACAUUCACAUACCAAAGCUAUCAGAGCUGAAAGACCUGAAGCAUAAUAUGAUUCAUAAUUCUCAGACGAGAUCGUUUGAUUGCGACUCCUCCACCGGAUCGAUGGCGUCCGCACCGGGGACCUCCAGCGUGCCCCUGACGAUACACCGACGGUCGCCGGGAGUGCCGCACCACGUCGCCGAACCGCAGCAUCUUGGAGCUACUCAUUCGUGUGUUUCACCAGAACCUGUUAAUCUCCUACCUGACGAUGAGCUAGUGAAGCGGGCCCAAUGGCUGCUGGAGAAGCUCGGUUACCCAUGGGAGAUGAUGCCCCUGAUGUACGUCAUACUGAAGAGCGCCGAUGGCGAUGUACAAAAAGCACACCAACGGAUCGACGAAGGUAAACGAACCAUAAAGACGUACGAGGCGCUGGUCAAGUCUUCGCUGGAUCCCAACAGCGAUCGGCUGACGGAGGACGACGAGGACGAGAACAUAUCGGUGACCCGCACCAACUCCACCAUCCGGUCACGGUCCAGCUCACUGUCGCGGUCGCGAUCGUGUUCGCGCCAGGCCGAAACACCGCGUGCCGACGACCGGGCCCUGAACCUAGACACCAAAUUCAAACCAUCCGCCAGCAGUAGUAGCACCGGCUGUGAUCGUGACGACGGCGACUGCAUCGCGUUCGAUGACAGUGCGUCCGUGGUGAGGGGUCACGGGCCACGGCCGCCCACUGGCAGCAGUGGACGUUCACGGACCCAUCACAAACGGUACACCCAGCCAGUGGAUAGUGGCGGCGCGCCGGACCGUUCGCCCGUGGCCGAUGAGGAGCCCACCGUCUACGACAGUCUCGUGGAGGCGGCGAGUAAAAAGGCGCGAUCGUUCAGUCCUGCCCGGGAGCCGGAAGAUCUGCACACCUCGCACAAGUCGCCGGAGCGGGACGAGAGUCACCAGAGUCAACCGUACGAAGCAUACCUGGAGUCGGUGCGGCGGAGUAAAAAGUCCUUCACGCUCAAGGACGCCGGUGUCGAGCCGGUCGAGGAGUGUUACGACAAGGAGAAGGAACAGCGCAUUCCUUACUCGCUGCCCAAGAGCACCUUCGACCGGUUCGAUCUGCUGAAGAAGCCGAACGGACUCGGGCUUCCGAUGUACAAAUACAACGGGCUCGAGACGAACAACUUUGCGCUACCGUUGCUGCUGCCCGGGCUGGAGGCGGUCAAUCGGACGCUCUACUCGACGCACUUUCCGGCGCAGCUUCUGCCGUCCAGCCUGUAUCCGUCCGUCAGUAGCGAGUCCACGACCGUACCGAUGUUUCACACCCACUUUCUCGGGUAUCAGCCUCCGCUGCAGUUGCCCCACGUAGAUCACUUCUAUCGGAAGGAACAGCAGCAGCAGCAGCAGCAGCAGCAACAGCAGGCUUUGGCCGAACCAAAGGAACAGACGUCCUCGUCUUCGCCCAGCAGCAACCGCUUAACGCCACCGAAGGGUGCAUUUUUCUACGCGAGUGCGGUAGAGAAUUCGCUCUCUGCUCAACAGGCUUCAAUUGCUACCAUCCACUAA